AUGCGUGUCUCUAACCUCGUCGCCGCCGCCCUCGUCACAGGUGCCACUGCCUACGACGUCCCCAGCAACCUGCAGCAGAUCUACGCCAAGCACAAGAGCUCCUGCUCCAAGGUCCUUGCCAAGGGCUUCACCAACGGCGACUCCAGCCAGGGCAAGUCCUUCCAGUACUGCGGCGACCUCGAGGGCGCCAUCUUCAUCCGCUCCACCGGCCAUGGCGGCCAGUACACCAACAUGGACAUCGACUGCGACGGCGCCAACAGAACCGGCGGAAAGUGCGCCAACGACCCGUCCGGCCAGGGCAUUACCGCCUUCCAGGACCAGGUUGCAAAGUUCGGCAUCAAGGACCUGGACGCCAAUAUCCACCCAUACGUGGUCUUUGGCAAUGAGGACCACUCUCCCCGCUUUGACCCCCGGAAGCAGGGCAUGGAGCCGCUGAGUGUGAUGGCGGUUGUGUGUGGUGGCAAGCUGCACUAUGGUAUCUGGGGUGACACCAACGGUGGUACUUCGACCGGCGAGGCCUCGAUUUCUCUGGCGGAUCUCUGCUUCCCUAAUGAGAACCUUGACGGUGACCACGGACACGAUGCUAACGACGUUCUCUUCAUUGGUUUCACUGGUAAGGAUGCUGUGCCUGGAUCCAAGGCCAACUGGAAGGCCAAGAACGCCAAGGAUUUCGAGAACAGCAUCAAGUCCAUCGGUGACAAGUUGGUUGCUGGUCUGAAGGCAUAG